AUGUUGGAGUUUUAAAAAAUACUUCUUCAUCACUGCUCUGGACCACAGAAGCUGAUAGAACUCAUUCCCUCUCGCAGCAUUCUGCAGCUAGCUCUAAGAAACCUGCAUUCAGUUUAUCUGCUUUUGGAGGAAUGUUUCCUGCACGCGGAAGCACAUCUGACUGUAAGAAAAACCAGCCUGGGUAUUCUCCAUUUUACCCUGGAAAGACGGCCUAUGGUGGUGCAGCUGGAAAUCAAAGCCGUCGAUGAUAGAACCUUAUCGGGUACAAAUGAGAAGGAGAGUUAGGCAAGAAAAAGUGCAGUCCCACGCUACCUUAAGUACCGCAGCACGGUGCAUCUUGGAGGCAAUGGAGAAGCUGUCAAGCCCUUUGAUGGAUGCUAAAAAAAUGCCACCUCUUUUGCCGCUGAGUUCUCCUCCAGACAUAGAUGAACUGAAUGUUCCUGACCUUCAGCCCAAACGAAGAAAGCUGGACUCCCAGAAUGAGUCCCCGCAUCCACCUGUAAAGAGACUUGUGAAACCAAGGUUAAACCUUCAUUCAGUGCGUCGGGUCCGGUAUUCUAAACCAGCAAAGACUUCAACUCCUGAUUCCAGCAAAAUUUGCAAUGGAGUAGACACAAAGUACCAAUGGAUGAGAGAGAAGACUUCGCCUGUGAGACAGCAAGCAGAACAAUGUGGAAGCUACAGAAAUGUGAGCGGUGUGAAAUGUGAAACUACGAGAAAUGUGACCAGCUACAACUUCGGUACUGCCGCAUCCAAUGGUCUGUCCUCAGGAAUGAGUAGUGGAGGCGGCAAAAUGAGAAGGGAAAGAGGAUUACACUAUUUAUCCAGAUGUGUACAAGAAAAGCAGGGAAUAAUUAGCAGAGUGACAGAAAUGGUGAAAAGUAUUGUACCGGCGUGGCUGCAGAAGUAUUUCAAUAAGCGUGAGAAUGAGUGUGCAGCUGCAAAUAAAUCUGCAAACCAGGCGGCGACUCCAGUAAACCAGCAUCAUAAUUACGCAGAUGGAGGUACCCUAAAUGAUGGGAGAUACAUGCCUGAACGAGCGACACUUAAUAGACAAGAACCAUCCACAAGUAGCUCAGCACUGAACUACCCAGUUGCCUUAACAAGGCCCGCUCUUCAUCGGAGCCAUUUGAAUUAUACCAUGUCGGAUUCUUCUGUCCCACCUUCUCAGCCCACGACAUCUUCAAUAUUUGGCAUUGGCAGUCCUGGACUCUCUUUCAUAAAAGAAAUCAAAGAUUCUACCUCUCAACAAGACAAUGACAACAUGUCAAGAACCGGUGGCUUCUCCUCUAGAGCAUCUGACAAAGAUGUUGGAGUUUUAAAAAAUACUUCUUCAUCACUGCUCUGGACCACAGAAGCUGAUAGAACUCAUUCCCUCUCGCAGCAUUCUGCAGCUAGCUCUAAGAAACCUGCAUUCAGUUUAUCUGCUUUUGGAGGAAUGUUUCCUGCACGCGGAAGCACAUCUGACUGUAAGAAAAACCAGCCUGGGUAUUCUCCAUUUUACCCUGGAAAGACGGCCUAUGGUGGUGCAGCUGGAAGAUCAAAGCCGUCGAUGAUAGAACCUUAUCGGGUACAAAUGAGAAGGAGAGUUAGGCAAGAAAAAGUGCAGUCCCACGCUACCUUAAGUACCGCAGCACGGUGCAUCUUGGAGGCAAUGGAGAAGCUGUCAAGCCCUUUGAUGGAUGCUAAAAAAAUGCCACCUCUUUUGCCGCUGAGUUCUCCUCCAGACAUAGAUGAACUGAAUGUUCCUGACCUUCAGCCCAAACGAAGAAAGCUGGACUCCCAGAAUGAGUCCCCGCAUCCACCUGUAAAGAGACUUGUGAAACCAAGGUUAAACCUUCAUUCAGUGCGUCGGGUCCGGUAUUCUAAACCGUCAAAGACUUCAACUCCUGAUUCCAGCAAAAUUUGCAAUGGAGUAGACACAAAGUACCAAUGGAUGAGAGAAAAGACUUCGCCUGUGAGACAGCAAGCAGAACAAUGUGGAAGCUACAGAAAUGUGAGCGGUGUGAAAUGUGAAACUACUAGAAAUGUGACCAGCUACAACUUCGGUGCUGCCGCAUCCAAUGGUCUGUCCUCAGGAAUGAGUAGUGGAGGCGGCAAAAUGAGAAGGGAAAGAGGGUUACACUAUUUAUCCAGAUGUGUACAAGAACAGGAAGUGGAGGAACCAGUGCUACCGAAAAUCCCCCUACCCAUCGGUACUGCGUCGCUGCCUCAGUUCAAUUUUAGUUUUGUUGGUAGUAGUGCUGUCUGGGUGUCACCAAGCGCUGUUUCAACAGCUGCAACGAGCAUGGCAACUCCAGCAGCUGCGACAGGCAUGGCAAUUCCAGCAGCAGCAAAGGGCGUUGCCACUCCAGAGGCAGCAACGGGCAUUGCAACGCCUGCUGCAGCGCUGGGCAUGGCAACGCCGGCAGCAGCGACGGGAAGAGCGAAUCCAGCAGAAGCAAAAGGCAUGGGAAGCCCUGCAGAAGGAGCUGGCCUGGAUAAUCGAGCGGCGAAAACAGGAAUUUCAAGAAGAGUGGAAGCGACGGGCACGGGCCAUGGAGAAGCAGCAGGAGAUAUGGGAAGUCGCAAAGCAGAUGCGGUUGCAGGAAAUGCAGCAGCAGGCGAGGGAAACCCGGCAGUAGCGCCGGGGGUGGGAAAUCCAGCUGCAGCGCCGGGGGCGGGCAAUCCAUCAGCAGCGGAGGCGAACAUGACAUAUCUAGAGGAGGAGGAGGAGGUAGAACAAAUGACAUACUCGAUGGCAGGGGGGAGCGUGACAUAUCCAACGGUGUCGGCGGGCGUGACGUACCCAGCAGUGGCGACAGCCAUACCUUAUCUAACACUGGCAAAGAGCAAGACAAAUUCAGCGGCGACGACUACGACGAGCAUGACAAAUUCAAUGGCGGCGGGAGACAUGGCAAUCACGGCGGCGGGCCAGCGAGGAGGUUGGGUAUGCACAAGAGGCUGGGAGGGGACCCAGCCAGGACAACCGACCCCAGAGGACCAAGGGGAUACUCCACACCAUUUAGCAUCAUUCCCAGCAAUAAAUGGUGGGGGAAAGAAGGGGAAGGAGCUGGGGCAGAUUGGGUUUACAUUUAGUGUUCCCGUUGUAAAAUCAUCAGAGCUUUCUGGAUCCAGUGAUACGCCCGUGACGUCCUUUCUUACCCUAGAAACUAGCUCAUCCGCAUCCACCAACAAUGAGCAAGAGGAGAAGGAAGGUUUUGUUGCUGUUCCCUUCAGAGUUCCCUUUAAAUAUGGAUGAGGAUUAAAGGAAGGAAGCGUCUUAGACGUUCUAAGAAACCCUGGCCAUGAAACAUUCAACAGCUGCCAAGUAUACCACUCAGGUGAAGUCAGUCUUGCUUAACUACAUAAUCACAAUUGUCCAGUAGGAAGCCUUACCAGUGGGAGAAUUACAAAAUACAGCGGUUCUGAAGAAGAAAGGGCCAGCUAAUUAGUUUUCACUACUUUCCCUUUCAAGAUUUUCUCCGGGGCAGCUUCAGACUACGGACAAGAACCAAGACAAGUGCUAUCUAUACUAAAACUGAUGUACACUGCAUAAAAUACGUUCAGAUAACCCAGUUGCAUAUUAAAAAAAAAAUCCACUGUUUAGACUUUUCUUCACUGAUUCUGUACAGGCAGGCCUUCUGUGUUUGCAGUGCCCAAUUUAUCUGACUUGAAUUGGGGAUGCAGAGAAGUGAGUUCUAUGCUUUUUGUCAAGAAUACAGGCUGAAGGCAUUCUGAAACAGCUUCCAAAACAAGCAAACACAACUGAAACUAAUCCAGUGGCUGGAUAUUUCAAUGCUAAGAGAGCAUGGUACUCAGCCAUUCAGAAACUUGUUACUGAUGUGUCUUUUAAUACCUAUGCUUGUUUCAAUACUGUAAAGCUACACAAGUUCUAAUAAAGAGGUAAUCUAU